CAUCGACGAGCCCCGUCUCUUUCACUGUAUAAAAAUAUCUCUCCUCCAACAAUCUCUCUCUCUCAUCACUCUCAUUUCACUUUCUCCAUCUCUCUCUCUACACUCUCUUCUCCAAUGGAGUCCGCCGCUCUCUCCCGCAUCGGCCUCGCCGGUCUCGCCGUAAUGGGCCAGAACCUCGCCUUGAACAUCGCCGAGAAAGGCUUCCCAAUCUCCGUCUACAACCGGACCACCUCCAAAGUCGACGAGACCCUAGAUCGCGCCGCCGUCGAAGGAAACCUCCCGGUCUCCGGCCAAUACUCCCCGCGCGACUUCGUCCUCUCGCUCCAACGCCCUCGUUCCCUCAUCAUCCUCGUCAAAGCCGGAGCCCCCGUCGACCAGACCAUCGCUGCCUUCUCCGAGUACAUGGAGCCCGGAGACUGCAUCAUCGACGGAGGAAACGAGUGGUACCAGAACACAGAGCGACGGAUCUCCGAAGCUGAGCAGAAAGGAUUGCUCUACUUGGGGAUGGGAGUCUCCGGCGGCGAGGAAGGGGCUCGUAACGGUCCCUCGCUGAUGCCAGGAGGGUCGUUUCAGGCGUAUGAUAACAUCAAAGACAUCUUGGGGAAAGUGGCGGCUCAGGUUGAGGACGGGCCUUGCGUUACUUACAUCGGAGAAGGCGGAUCUGGAAACUUCGUGAAGAUGGUUCAUAAUGGGAUUGAGUAUGGAGAUAUGCAGCUUAUCUCUGAGGCUUACGACGUGUUGAAGAACGUUGGUGGGUUGAGCAACGAGGAGCUUGCGGAGAUCUUCACGGAGUGGAACCGAGGUGAGCUCGAGAGUUUCUUGGUUGAGAUUACUUCCGAUAUCUUUAGGGUUAAGGAUGAGUUUGGUGAUGGAGAGUUGGUGGAUAAGAUUUUGGAUAAGACUGGUAUGAAAGGGACCGGGAAAUGGACUGUUCAGCAGGCGGCGGAGCUCUCUGUGGCGGCGCCGACGAUUGCUGCUUCGUUGGACUGUCGGUACUUGAGCGGGUUGAAAGAUGAGAGGGAGAAUGCUGCUAAAGUGUUGAGAGAAGCUGGGUUGAAGGAAGAGAUUGGUUCUGCGUCGAGCGGGAUCGAUAAGAAGAGGUUGGUUGAUGAUGUUAGACAAGCUCUCUACGCUUCGAAGAUAUGUAGUUACGCGCAAGGGAUGAAUCUGCUUAGAGCUAAGAGCUUAGAGAAGAGCUGGAACUUGAACUUCGGUGAGUUGGCUAGGAUUUGGAAAGGAGGGUGUAUCAUAAGGGCGGUGUUCUUGGAUAGGAUCAAGAAAGCUUACCAGAGGAACCCGGAUUUGGCGAGCCUUGUGGUUGAUCCUGAGUUUGCUAAAGAGAUGGUUCAGAGACAAGCUGCUUGGAGGAGAGUCGUGGGUUUGGCUGUCUCUGCUGGGAUAAGCACCCCUGGAAUGUGCGCGAGUCUUGCGUAUUUCGACACUUAUAGGCGUGCGAGAUUGCCGGCGAAUCUGGUGCAGGCGCAGAGAGAUCUAUUUGGAGCUCAUACUUACGAGAGGACUGAUCGUUCUGGUGCGUACCACACGGAGUGGACUAAGCUUGCUAGGAAGAGCAAUUGAGGUUAUUUGUAUUCGUGGAACCGUUGUCUUGCUUAUGGUGGUUUUGUUAAACCCAAAUUGUUUCGAGAGCAUUUUGUUAAGAUUUCGAAAAUAAGAAAUGCACUACAUUGAUCUUUGU